AUGGUCGAUAACGCGCUAUAUGGGUUCACCCGGAUCCCGAAGUCUGAAGGUCACGAAAGUACAUCGGACGUGUUUGAGGACGGGGAACCGGUGGAUCCAGGCAAGCCUUCGGUGCUUGGUCGCAGAUCAUAUAUCGAUGACAUCCUGAUCCCCGCCGACAACUGGGAUCAACUAUGCGACCGAGUCGAGGGGUUGCUCGAAGCGUGUGAUGAGUGGAAUUUGUCGAUCAGCGUGGUUAAGAGCUUUUGGGGAAUGCCUAAGGUGGAAUAUCUUGGGUAUAGGGUCUCGCACAAUGGACUGGAGGCGAAUCCGAAAGAUCUGUCUGCAUUGACUGAUCUAGCCUUUCCAGGAUCACUCAGAGCUAUGCAAUCAUUUUUGGGAAGUCUGAACUAUUAUAGCCGAUUAAUUGAAGACUACGCGAUCUACGCGUCAGUUCUGUACGAAUUGCCAGAAAUCGACUUUGCUGCGAUGACGAAGGAGGCUACCCAAGCGCGGAUCCAACAAGUACUGGAAGUGGAGGACGUAGAUCAAGGAUCGCAGGAAGAUCGGGGUGUCGACCACCGAAGGACCUUGGAUCUGGAGGCAUUGGGGUAG